AUGACAAACGGGAAAAUUCGUGACACUGACAUCUCAGCGUCCUCAGAAUUAAAUUCAAAUUCAUCAGCAUCAAAUGCAAGACUAAAUAACACAAAAUCUUGGGUUGCUGAUAAAAAUGAUACACAACCUUGGAUACAAGUGAAUUUGGGAAAAAUUAUGAACAUUACUGCGAUCAGUACUCAGGGCUUUCCAGGUUCUGGCUUUGUUUCAUCAUUUUACUUCAGUUAUGAUACCAGUGAAAUGGAGUGGUUGAACUAUACCAUUCAUGGAGGAUAUGUUAAGGUAAUCAUAUAUAAACUACAUGUAACUGUUUAAAAUUUCCACGUGCACUACAUGAUAUAAUAAAUUCUGCCGAGAGCAAUUAUUACUAGCUUUGUCAGUGCUCUCUAACCUUCCCAAGUGCAUCCAUAACUCAAUAAUUAUAUAUGCACAGCUAAAAGCAUGAGCAAAUUCUUUCAUAACAUAGCUCACAAAAAUGCUUGCUUUUUGAUUAAGUGCAAAAUUCUCGUAACAAGUAACACAGAAAAACAAACGCUUCUGUUGGCUAGUUACAAACAGACCGCAAUUUUCUAGUUUGAAAGAAAAUUCUUUCUGUAAAACUGAGUCACUGAGAAAGAAAAUUUGCUUAUUUAUUCGUUAAUGAUCAAUGGAAACUAAGCUGAAACAAAAGUAAAAGCAGAGUCUUGAAGUCCACCUAAAGUUAGAAAUAGUCAUAUGUUCGUAAGAAGUCAUGGAGUAUAGUUUGGAUAAUUUCCGAAUUGGCUAAAAAGAAGAUUUAUGUUUUGCUCGGCAAAAUGCGGAAAACUUGUUUUUUAGUGCCGAUGACUGUGGUCCUACUUUAUUUUUAUUCAUUUACUAACAAUGGCUGGUCAUUAUGGCUUUUUGAGAAUACCUGGCAGCAGCGGUUUUUGUGAGUAAUAAAUUUAUGUCUUCUUGUGUAAUUUGUCUUGUUAUUGCAAGAGAAAUUUUCCUUUUUCAGUGGGAUUGUUCGGUAAUAACAAAAGUGCAUGAAUAAUUUUUAAUUUUUUUUUUUUGCUAUUGAGCUUAAUUUACAAGCUUAUACAUGUAAUUAAGUUGUUUUGUAAAGGAUAAACAAAUGCUAAAAAUGGAGGACACUUUAUACGAAUUGGAUAUUUCUGUGUCAAUCCUUAUGGCAGACUUUUCAACGAACAGGCUCUAUUAUUAAUUUGCGCAAAACAUCUUCACCGCUUUUGCUGUUGGUUUGAGUGGCCAGCUAGAAGCUCAAUUCCAAAUACUAUGCUAGAAAGUUUUUCAUCAUUGCCGUCGAUUUUUGAGUAUUAGUACUUAGGAAAAGAUAUGAAAAACACGGCUGAACUCGUCAUCAUGAAAAAAAAUCUUUAUACAGUGCAUACUUGCCAACCCUCCCGGAUUAUCCGGGAGUCUCCCGGAUACGACACCAAUCUCCCGGUCUCCCAUACGGGUCGCUUUAUCUCCCGGAUAAAAUCAUCUUUUGAGCUUUUCUGUGCCAUAGUUUGAAAUUUAGCCCAUUUUUAGCUCAAAACUUGAAUUUUUCUUAUUCGUAACUGUAGUACGGUUUCUGAGGCAUUUUACACCUAUUUAGUCACUGACAAAGAUUAUUUCUGGCAUCAAAACGAUGAUCGUGAAUUUGGAUAGUAUCUACUUCAUGUAAGACUUGAUAUAAUGUCCUAAAUUUCCGGGGUAGGGGGCUAGUGAAAAACAGAGAGUCUCCAGAUUUUAAAUCUCUAGAGGUUGGCAUAUCUGACAGUGUAUGCAGGGUCUGCCUAAAUAAAGAUUUUGUUCAUACAGUUAGUGGCUCAAUAGGACUUAUAUAGGGCAAGCACGCGCGCUAUGUUAUGUUGUAAGUUUUAGUAUAAAGAAAGAAAGUUAAUUAUGUUACUCUCGUUUCAGUACUGUUACAUUUAAUUUAGUGAUCCUCAAUGAGUGAAGGUGGAGAUCUUAUACUCUGCUACACAUCUUACUUUCUACUUGUAUGCUUUGUAUUUUUUAAGCUGUACUUGUAGUUUAUUUGUCUUGGUCUCUGUCUGUAGUCUUUCUUGUUCUGGGUUCAGAAGACCAAAAUAUUAUAUCCUGUAGCUUAUAGUGGAAUAUACAUUUUUUAUGUUUCUUUAGGUUUUUCAGGGUAAUACAAAUGAUAAUGGUACUAAGAGAGUGUUGGUCAAUCCCUUGGUGACAGCACAGUACAUAAGAUUACAUCCAACAAACUGCUCUGGACACUGUGCACUUAGAAUGGAGUUUUAUGGCUGUAAAUCAGGUAUUAUUCAAUCGGUCAGUGUAAAAGGCAGACUGCGGACUAUUGUUUUCACCAUGCAAAUGAGUAUGUGACAACAAUAAUCCCAUUGUUUUCUAACCCUAAAAACAAUAGUCUGCAUUUUACACUGCCCCAUCAUUUAAAGUCAUAACUGGUUAAGCCUAAUUAUGAUCUGAAGAUUAUGGAGAUACAAUGUGGAGGAGAGUGUUUCAUGUACAGUGUACUAGAAGUAGAACAUGUACGUGUAUCACAGAAUCUCACGAAUCUUGGGGGUCAAGACCCUUGCAAAAUAAGUUUUGGAAUUCCUAGGAAAAAAAUCCUAGGAAUUCCUAAGAAUUCCUAGGAAUUCCUAGGAAUCGUAGGUGUGAAUUUUCACGGUAAAUUCGGAGUUGGAAUUCCUAGGAAUUCCCAGUUUAAAAAGUUCUGGUUCUAAAUUCCUAGAAAUUCCCGGAAAUUCCAAAUGGAAAUGAAACUAGACUUGGAAUUCCUAGGAAUUCCAACCUACAAGAUUUUAAAACACAAAAAAUUCUUAGAAAUUCCCAGAAAUUCCAAGUAAUUCCUAGGAAUUCUAGGAGUUUACAGGUUUAACAUCAUGACAUCAAUGAACAUCCAAUCCCAGGAUAAGUAAAGUAUACGCAAAUUUAAUGAUUAAUUACCAACUGGAGAAAGCAUGGAAAUUGGAUUUAAACAAGUUUAUGAUAAUAAUGUUCAAAAUCACAUCUUUGUUUUUUAAAAAAGUGGAUAAAACAGUUAAAGUCCUGAGAUAUAAAUUGUUCUUGAGUCAUUAUUGAAAAAUUGUGGGACACAUUUGUAACUGGAAUAAUACAGCAAAAGAGUCUUGAUUGAAUUAAUUUUACAGCGGGAACAUAUAUGAAAAAAAGAAUUAGUCAGGCCAACUUGCUUCUAGCGGGCUUAUCUGCUAAGCCCUUAUUAAGCCGCUCUUUUAAUUCAGGUCUCAAACUGAGAACAAAAUAAUGAACUGGAAACUAAAGUACUUGUAGUACAUGGCGUUUACAGUAGAAUCUCGGCGGUGAACUCCAACUCUAAAGAGAAACGAAAAAUAGUUCGAUUUUAAGUGGGGAAUUCGAGUUAUCGGGGUAAAUUUCAGUGAAAUCUUGAUCAAGAGAAAGCAAAUUUAGUUCGACUUAGCGGGGAAUUCGAGUUAUCCGAGUCCUAGUUAUCGAUAGGGAGCUUAAGCAGCGACGUUUUUGAGCGACGCACGUCAACCGGAAGUGAGCCGUUUUCUCUUCUAGUAAGCCUUGACGCUACCGUAUUUAUAUUGCCAAGUGUCUUAAUUCUUAAAGAGACGAUCUGCCCAAAAAUUUGUUCAAAAUCACGGCUCAAGUGUGCAAAAAGUCCAUUUCCGGUUGACGUGCGUCGCUCAAAAACGUCGCUGCUUAAGCUCAUUCACGUAGAAUUCCAUCAACCAUUUGCAACAACGACUACAGUUAUGUCUCCAGUAAACAAAAAGGAACCAAUAAAUGGUUUUCCAUGCCAUCUUGAAGUUUCGUGUUCAGAUAUCGGAACGAUCUAUAAUUUCACUUUGAUCUCCAGCUUCAUUAUUUGAGUACUUGCCGGUUACCAUCAGAAGACACAUUACGAAGCAGGAACGUACCUUUACCUUUCACAAUCCAGCUGAAUUAUCGUUCUCGGACAUGACUGGAAGCACGUUUCAUGUGUCAACAACAAAAUAAAUGAACAAUCCGCGUUUGAAAUAACGUCAAUUUCGGAUGCAAAAUACUUGUGCUCUUGCUAAUGAAAGUCCGCACUAAACGGAACUUCAUUUCACACUUUUCCAUUGCACGUGAUGACGCAGUUCACUUAGUGUGGAGACUGGUAACCAGUAUAGCUCAAACAUGGCGGAUGAUUUUGCUCGAUGAUGAGCAAGUUGAAAAAAGCGGUUUUUUUUAGAGCUAAAUAAAAUAUUCCAACGCUUUUGAGGUAUAAGCAGCGAGAGGAAAAUUUCGUAUUGUUUUUUCAAGAAGCGAUGACCUUUUAUUAGGCAAAGCCGCGAUGAGAAACCUGUUGUGGACAUGUUUGGAAAGCUCAGGUACGAGAAGUGGCACUUUGAAUAAGCUUUCAGCAUCGUCCUUGUUGUUGAUAAUUUUUUUUUAAAGAUUUAAGUCGCAAUAAAUGUUGUAUAUAGAUGCUGGUUAAUGUCAAGAAAUCCUUGUUGUUAUAGGCAAUUAAAGAAAUGAUUAUUAAAAUUUUUUACGCUUUUUAUUACCUUUGAACACUUAUCGUUUUUCCUAAAAAUUAAGCCUAGUGUUUCCAAGUUAACAAUGACGUGGAAUUAUUGAGAAUUCCUAGGAAUUCCCACAAAUUCUCAUUGGUGUUUUAGCAAUUCCCAAUAAUUCCCAUAAGUUCCAAAGACAGUUUCCUUCAAACUUGGAAUUAUUUUGGAAUUCCUAGGAAUUCCCAAAAAUUUCCACUGGUGUUUUAACCCAUUCCCAAGUAUUCCCAAAUAUUCCAAGGUUUUUUAUCUUUGCUCAUUUGCAUGUCUUGGAAUAAAUUGGAAUUCCUAGGAAUUCCCAGAACUCUGGGAAUUCAUUUCGCAAGGGGAGGCUCGUAAAGUGUAACUGGGGAGGGUGGGUUCAAUGGCGGCUGUAAUAUUGGAAGCAAUCUCCUUUUGGUUGGAGUUUGAACUGAGUGCCCUGGCUUUAAAUAGGGUGUGGGAUUUAAAUGGGGUUGCUGUUGUAUUAAGGCGGUGUAGGCAAAGUGGUGAUGGUGUCGUGUUCACCCUAUUUGAUCGUCCUUAAUCAUGUGUAGUUUAUGUCAAAAGGAAAUGCAGGUGUGAUAGUGGAUGACUGCAGGCUAUUAUGUGGUGGGAUUUGCUAAAAUAACAGCUAACUUCCGCCAUCUCCUACAAUGUAUAAUAAUAUUGUAAUAAUUAGAGUUGUACUGUGUGGCAUCACACUGGGUGCAGAUACCAACUGGAAAUGACCAAUACAAUUAUUGUAUAUUUAAACAAACAAAUAUACAUUGAUGGCCCAACAUAGUUUGCAAGACCAUGUGCGCCCCACGCGAACUCGCCCGCUUUGCACACAAGGAGAUUAUAAACUCACUCGCUUCACAUUAGAAAUGACAUCCUCCAAGAUCUGCAUGAUUCUUUAGAUCACACAAUAGCUGAAUAGAAACUAAGAAAUGGAAUUUUGAUAUUUUAAAUCACGAUUUAAGCAAUCAUGAGGCUGAGUACAUGUACAUGUAUGAUCUGAAAAUUGUUAUGUAGAUCAUACAAUCAAGUGAACAAAAAUAUAUGUUUUUUUAAUUCUUUGAAAAUAUAUUCAUACUUUAAAUUAUGCUAAAUAAUGUGCCUGAUACAUUUAGAAUAAUGCUUAUUAUUAUCCCAGUCAGUAUUAUAUUGCAGUUACAUCUGCAUAACAUUAUUUUGGUUCCUGUAAGUAAACAAACAAUCUGACUGUGUUUUACCCUGAUACACUGCAGAUCCAACUAUAGGACUUCCUGGUCAACCACUUUCCCUGAAACAGAUUUCUGUUUCAUCAUCCAUGAUCAACAUUACAUGGGAUCCACCUAUUGACAUUGGUGAUGGCAUAAAAGGUUACACUGUGAAAUGGCAGGAAGUAAAUGGAACAUCUGGCUCAAUGCAAAAAGUUGUUCCACCUUUAAGUUUCAAUUCAGCAUCACUUGCUGUUACACCAUACACAUGGUAUGACAUUCAUGUGCAAGCCUACAAUGACGAGGGGAUUGGCCCUUGGUCUAAGCCUUUAAGAGUACAAUCAAGUGAAUCAGGUGAGUUUAAUACUAAAUUCUGUGCACAUGGUUAUACUUAUUUGUUAUUUUCUUUUGAUCAAGAUGCAUGAUUCUUGAGGCAGUUGAGGUUCUAUUUCCACUUGUCAGUCACAUCACAUCUCAGAAUAUAGACCAUUACUUUACAGCUGUGGGCUUAUUGCCCCAGCCGUUGAGUGAGGUUGAGGUUGAUCUUGUGUCAAUAAAAACCUCCUUUGUGUUAUGACAAUUAUGCUUAAAAAAAUUACAUUUGUAGUUUAAGAAUAGCGUUAUUUGCAUUUAAAAAAAGCAGGAAGGGUUGUAUCUUUUUUCUUCUAGUUUAGAUAGUAUGUAUUGUAAUAUUUUGACAUGUCUUUUGCAUACAGCUGUAGUUAGUGUAUUUAGUAAUUUUAGAUUAUUAUGUAUUUAUUUAACAUAGUUUAGCAGGUCCACAUCAGUUUAUGCUGCCAUCUCUCAACGUGCUUUAUCAAAUAAAGCAUGUAUGUAUGUACACACUGCAGUAUGAAUGCAUGCAAUGGCUGUAAGUUUGUUCUAUUUCAGUACCCUCUGCACCAGCAAACUUCAUUUUAAGCUCCAGUUCUCCUCUUUCACUAACUGCAUCAUGGGAUGCCAUACCUGUCAAGCAACAACAAGGAAAGCUGCUGGGUUACCAAGUCUUCUACAAGAAGGAGGGACAUGGGAAUGAACAAAAUGGGACUGUUGGACCAGAUCAGCUCAAUUACACAAUUAUAGACCUUGAGUUUGCAAGUUACUCUGUUAGAGUAGCUGGGUUUACUGCUGUCGGUAUUGGCAAUUCCACUGUGGUACAGACAAAAACGCCCAAUGAAGGAGGUUAGGAAACGGCACAUUUAAGGUUGCUGAUGCAUUUUGUUGUUUUAAAUUGACUCGACCAAACAACUAGUUAUCUUAGAAGCUUAGAUACAUGUACAAUGUAUAUGCGUCUUAUUAUUUUACUAGUUAUAGUUGAUUCUACAACUGCCCUCACUCUGUAUUGUGUCCUUGGUGUUUGUGUAGCUCUUUGAAAUUAACCGUUCAUGUUGAGGAUUUUCACACAUUAAACAGACAAUAGGUGAAACGUAAAGCAGGAAACGCAAGAUUCCAUGCACUGAGUCAGGUCGAUCAGUACGCAGCGUUGAUAAAAACACUCUCGGUGUUUCGACAAUUUUUUCACACGCGUCCUAGUCUAAUUUAUUUUAUUAAAUUUUCUGACUAAAACGGCAUACAUCAGCACAGAAUUUAAUUGUACCAGUUCGGGUAAUUUCUGUAAUCGUCUACCAUGCAAGCAGAGUCUACAUUUUCUGGGUGUGAGCUGCCGAGCGAAAAGUACUACUACGCACUUCACUCACACUGCGAAAAUGCUCGUAAGGUAUAUAUAUCUCUGCUGAUAGAAAUUACAUUGUAGCUUGAUUUACUCGUUCGCUUAUGAAAACUUGCUUGCUUUCUUGUUUGUUGAAAUCGUUUCCAGUCAAAGACUUUUGAAUGAUAGCCGAGCUCCACGCACGCGCGAAGCGCGAUCAAGAGCUUAGUCCCUUAAAGCAGUCCCAUACCCAAGAAAAUGUGGUAAUGUACCCACCCGAGAAAUUUUGUUAAUCACGUGACCUUACGCCCGUCUGCCCGCCCGCCGUCCGUCAGCACCGCAGACAUACCAAUGUAAAAUAACUCUAUCAACAGGUAUGGCAACCCAAAUGCAACUCGUGUUUAUUUUGGCGGGAAAUCGCAUAGCCACCCGCGUCUUGUGAAGCAGAGACAACUAAAGAGUCAAUAAAGACGAAAACGGAAAGGGGAAAUUGUUUCUGUAUCCGUGUUGUGUAAAGUAUUAAGCUUACACUAAUUGUCAUGUCCACAAAUAUGGAAAUGUAGAGAAAGAGAAAGACAGAGAAAAAGAGAAAGUAGGCGACAAGCCGGCGACGCUUAACGAGAAAGAGAGCGACAGAAAGCUAGCGCGAGAGAAAAACAACCAAGGAGACAUUUUUUUGUUGGAAGAACAACAUGAAAAUUUUGUAGCGCCGGUGAGAAAUGUGAAAUGCUAGCGGCCACCAAGGUGAAAAUGAGCGGUAGUGAAAAAAAAGUGCACAAGAACUCGAACUACAUUCGACAUUUCCUCCAUAAGAAGUGUUACUAGGAAGUUUCUGGAAGUGCGUGCAAAACAAGGGCAACGAAAUGUCCAAAAAAUGUGCUGCUCGUAUAAAGUUGCUUUUUUGCUAAUUAGACCUAUUAUUGUUUUUUCACCGUUCUCGUUGCCUUCGCCGCUUAGCAUAACAUGAUUCUAUAUUUUGUUUGAGCAAACUAUAAAUAUUAUCGAGAGCUUCGCUUUUAGCCCUGGCUAAAUGUAAUAUAUUAAACUCGUGUCUUGAAAAUCCCCUAAGUGCGUACCGUAAAUGACCUAAUAAAUGUAUAGGGCGCCUAUUCCACUUUAGGGCUCCAAGCGGGGGCGUUUAGUAGAUAGGCGACUUUUAUUCUCAUAUUCACUCAAUCUCAAAAAAAGCUAAUAUUCUUUAGGCGAAAAUAUCAACAAAGUUUGAAAAUAGCGGAAUAUCCACUCUCAAUUGAUAUAUUUGUAUUGUAUUCAAAAGGCAGGAUGGACCAGUAUUGAUAAUAAAUACUGAUUAAACUGUGUAGUACUUAAAAAUUCUGUUUUCUUUUGUAAACCUUGCAGCUCCGUCCCCUGUUACGAACUUGGAACUCAAUGUGCUUUCAUCAAAAUCAAUCUCGGUCACGUGGAAACCACCAGAAAAAUUAAAUGGAAAUCUCAAGCGUUAUGUAGUGACGUAUGGAACAGCCAGGGACAAUUUGAAUGAAAGGAGGAAUUCUCCCACUGCAGUCAGUUAUCAACUAACUGAGCUGGAAGAAUUUACAGUCUACUAUGUUCAAGUAUUUGCUGAAACUUCUGUUUCAGGAAAACGCUCAGCAAUAGUUGAUGCAAAGACAUUGGAAGAUGGUAUGGCCUGUAACUUUGAAUGUUUUGUUAUGUUAUGUUACUUACUUUACUCUCGAACAGUAAUCUGGGACGUCAGCAUACAAAUGCGCCACCGGCUGUCACCAUUGGUCCAUUUGUGAGGUUAAUGUAACCCUGGAUUUUGUGAUCAGUGAAGUGAUUAAAAAUGUACAGGUAGACUACACCAUCUUGUUUUCUUUCUUUUCUUUUUCUAUUAAACGUGCAGUUCCAAGUGCUCCCCCGGUCAUCGAUCAAGCGAAAACUGAAGCUGAAGAUGCUCACACUAUCAGAGUCACAUGGGAAGAGAUUGCCGAGAAGGACCAAAAUGGUAUCAUAAUCGUUUACACAGUGGCAUACAAAGUGGAAGGUCAACCUACACAGUUAAGCCUCAAUACAACUGAUAAAAAUACAGUUACCAAAGGACUAAAGCCAUACACAAGCUACUGUAUUAGAGUACGGGGCUAUACUAAGAUUGGACCUUCGGGUUGGUCGCCCUGUACCACAGUGAAGACGUUACAAUCAGGUGCGGUAUAGUUCCCCAAGUUUGAUCACUUUGAAGACACAAACCACAAGGAGAUAAAAAAUACAACGAAACAAAAACAAACAAACAGAAAAGCCAAAUGAAGGUGUUUGUGACAAGGAAGCGCCUUAGUUAAGUUUGAAGGCAAUUUUUUUGAACCUGCGUCUUUUAGAUAAUGGCCUUUUAUCAAUUUAUAUGUGUGUGCGUUGUAUAAUUCUUUUUAUUUUUAUCUUAUUUAAUUCUCUUAUAUUAUGUUCGCUUCUUUUGAACAGGUGCUUAGUUUUGCUGUAGUUUCUUUAUCAAGUAAAUUGUAAAUAUCCCAAAACGUUCCGACGAAUAAGUGAAAAUGAUUGGACGAAAAUUUUGUCCGACAUUUUUUCCAUUCGAAUAUCUGUCACCAGUAUGUUUUCGUAAUCUGCAUUUGUAUUACAAUUAUUUGGGAACCGUUCUAGGUGAUUUGGGGAUGUAUUUAUGACAAUGACUUGAGUUUUGGUUAUGAAAUGUGUGUAUUUGCUUUUAGCGAGUAUGUAAGCCAGUCAGAACUAAAACUGGUUGAAAGGCAGUGGAAGUAUAGUAAAAUUUACUAACAAAGGAGUUAAAACUGUAGGUCCAAGUCGUCCACUAGGUGUUGUCGUGGAAGCUUCUUCAUCCACAACCAUUGAGGUAAAGUGGAGCGCACCAGCAGAACCAAAUGGAAUCAUAAAAAACUAUUUGAUUGAAUACGGGAAAGACCCUGAUCAGCAAACCACUGAGAAAGUCGUUACAGACCGCACAUUUGAAUUCACCUUAACUGGAUUAGAAAAAUUUACAACUUAUUACAUCAAAGUCAGGGGAAAAACAAGCGAGAGAGGGAAUGCUUCAGAAGUAUUAAAUGCUACAACGUCUGAGGACCGUAAGUAGUUAAGCCCCGUGCAAACGGACGCAACAUUGUUGGAUGUUACAUGUUGCGUCCGUUUGCACACCCUGUUGCAUGUUGUUGGAUGUUGUUGCGUGUUGUUGCGCAAAGUUUGAAACCGGCCACACUUUUCAGCCAACAACUCCCAACAUUUUUUUUGUUCCGUGAUCGCCGGAGCGUAGCGCAACAAUGUUGGAUCCGUUUGCACAGCUCCUCCAACAUUGUUGGGGCCACGCACGCACAUUACGCAUGGUUUACAAAGACUUAUGGGUUGUAUCCUUCCUAUGAUGCACUGCAGGUUCCAACAUUGUUGGAAGUUGUUGCAGCCGUUUGUACACCACUGCCAAGACGCACGCAACAAUGUUGGGAGUUGUUGCGUCUGUUUGCAAGCAGCCUUAUUUAUUUAUCUAUUCUUUGUAAAUAUUUAAGUGUCAUGGUUCUGCGUAUUAUUUAAGAACCUUGGAGUAACCGUAAUCUGAGUUUUUCACGCACACGUUCAGACGCAGCUGUAAAACGCGUUUCAGAAAGCCUUCCCUAAAAAUCUCGGUAGCAUAGCGUUUCUAUGGCACUUGAUUGAGCAAAGCCGGCAGCUAAGGCGAUAGAGCACCAGUCAGUCUCCUGUGGCAGUUUUGAUUCCUACCUGUUCUGCUGUAUGACAGCAGCGUUCUCAGGUGGUAACCGAUACAUUUACAGACUGAAUCAACACUUCUUACGGCGUGCAACCGCUUCAAAGUUUACUAAAGUUAAAUAAGUAGUUUUAAAAAACACGCAAGUUGUGAUCCGAUCCGAUCAAGGAAGUGAAUGAAUAUAUUAUGGGAACGUUCUAAAGUAUACACAGCUUUUCUUUUUAUGGGCCACGCAUUUUGGAAAGAGAACAUUGAAGACAGAGUAAAAUUAUUGGGAUCAAACGUUUUAAAUUGUUGUCUAAAGAUAACAACUGCCAAUUUGCUUAAAAUAGGUCUUACAAUGAAUUACGUUUCAAAGAACUUAGCUACUUCUAGGGCGGGGCCAUGUCCCUCACUCCACUACCCCCCUCCCGCCAUCAGGAAAGUGUACCUCUGGGGCAUACUUUUACCUUACUGGCCAUAAAAGGUCCCUUACCUGCUGCGCUAAAAUUUAGGGAGAACACUGCUGACAUCUACAUACGACCUUUGGUGAGAUCACUGUUGCUGUGGUAACACGUUAGGGUUUCUCUAAUUCAGACAAUCGUUGAUUGACCAUUUAAAUUGAAGCUAUGUAAUCGGGCUCUUCUUCAUUUUUUCGUUUCCGGAUUCAAAUGGAGGAUGUGAACCAAAAUGUUGCUUUUGGUGGGAAUGUUGGGAUUUUCAACACACCCAGCCACUAUGCUAUAAGAUUGCAAGAGACUUAAAAAAUAUCAGUGAGCCCUCCGAAUAGGGGCACCAAGGUCAGAAGGCCAGGUGUUUGAAAACAGUGCUACGACAACUAGUUGUUUACACCCCUGCAAUUUAUUCAUUUUUGUUCUGCAUUUCUACAGGUCCUAGUGCCCCAACAAAAUUUAGUGGCAAAGUCUUAUCAGACAAAGAAAUUCUCAUUACAUGGGAAGAACCUGUUAAUGCCAAUGGAAUCAUAAGAUCUUACUAUAUCAGAGUUUAUGAAACUAAAUCUGGGCAAGAGGCUUAUAACAAAACCGUACCUAAGGAAGGCAAUAAUGAACAGAGCUUACGGGUGUCCGACCUUAAACCAUAUACAAACUUUAACUUCACGAUACAAGCCAAAACCAUUGAGCUAGGAGAGAUGGCUUACUUCACAGCAAAGACAUUGGAAGGAGGUAAAUUUGAAUUAAUUUUGUCCUUACCCUUGUACCUGCCCUUUUAAAGCUAUCUUCUUAGAUAUUCGUGCGUUUUUGUACGCCAUGGCGAAAGACCAAUGCACUAUUCGUUGUAGUUACAGUGUACUUGUAUUUAAUUUUGUAUAUAGACACUCUUUCUCCCAGAGUGGAUUUUGGUGUUAACUCCUUCCCCGGAAGUUGGCAAUAAAUUUAAUUAAAUAUCGAGGGCUGCUUCGUUCGAAAUCAUUACCAUAUCAGAGUUUAUGACACUAAAUCUGGGCGAGAGGCUUUUGACAAAAUCGUAACUAAGGAAGGCAGUAAUGGACAGACCCUUCUCGUAUCCAACCUUAAACCAUAUACAAACUUUACCUUCACGAUACAAGCCAAAACUAUUGAGCCAGGAGAGAUGGUUUACUUCACAGCAAAGACAUUAGAAGGAGGUACAUCUGUUUUUGUACAGCAACUUAUUUUGCAACGCUUCAAUUUUCUUCUUUAUUUGAUUGGAAGGCUUUUUUGUUUAUGAAAGUCAAUAUUCUAUUUUUUUACUCCUUUUCAAGACCUGCACAAGUUAAAAAAAACAAUACUUCUUUAAAAAUCUUCUGGUGGAACCGAGAUUCUUAAAUAAACCUGCAUGUAGCAGAAUAAAACUAUUACAUCAAAUUGUUAUUUGUGAAUUUUCUUUAUUCUGUAGUGCCAGGUAAGCCGGCGGAUGUCAGGGCCAAGUUAGAGGAAGAUAAUAUCAAAGUGUACUGGGAAGAACCAGUUAAUCCCAAUGGGAAAAUCGUAAAAUACAAUGUAAGUGGACGAUGUGUGUAGAUGUUUUUUAUCUGUUUAACUGUCUCCCAAACUGACCCCGAAUCAACUUCUCAUAAUUAUCAUGGGCUUAUCUUAAGAUGCAUAUGUGUCUCAGUACCCCUUUAGGAAGCCGUAGCUCUUCGGAUAACGGAACAUGCUGUUGGCAAUGCAGUUUUCACCAAAAACGAAAUCGGGGUCGUAAUCGGAAGCGCUAGCCUUGUAAUCUGAGGCGAUCUUUGAUUCAGAAUCUGCUUUAAUGUCUCUUUUGCUUACAGUCUAUAGAAAAUAAGACUGCGAAGUCACAAGGAGAAACUGAAGAAUAAAAGUAAUCGCGACGCUUGAGGACUAGAAUUACAAUUUUUUUUUGCCUCUCACCUCUUUCUAACCCUGACAAUCUGCUUUUUUGAGGAUUACUAUUGAAGCAACUGUCAGUGAUAAACAAAUUUUGCCGAAAGAAGAUGCAAACAUUCCGUGAGCUUAUGAAUUCGUUUAUGACUCCAUUUUUCUGAUUUUCACCACUGAGUCAUCGUGUAAGCGCUCUUCCGACUCGCUCACUAGUUAAAGCCAGCAGCUCUGACACGUCUACCACGCUUCAAGCCUCUAUAAGCUUUCCUGAGGAUAUAGAUAUUGCUGUCAUAAAAACUAAUUUAACCACUCAGCAAUUUGUUUACAAUUAAAAUUUCAUUAAGUAUCCUCAGUUACAAAUUUAAGUAUGACAAUGUCACUGUCGGGGGAGAGGAGAGGGUGUUGCUGAGGCCCUACAAACUAAAACUGACCCUUGAUGAAGGCAGUGAGUGCAUGAUCUACCUGUAUGAUUUAUUAUAGUUUCUCGGAGACCUAAAUAGAAGAGGGGUUCAAGAUCAUCUAGUACCGAUCUAUUAAAUUUCUGCUUGCGUCAAACUUUGAGAAGAUUGAAUAAACAAUUAAAAUUGUUUAUUCAAAAAUAGCUCGACGUCUUGAUCAAGAAAAGACAGUUUGAAAUUGCAGUCCAACAAUUUACUCCUCGAUCUGGACUAAUAAUUAGGACUAUAAGGCUGGUUUUCACUAGCGACCGAGUCGGAGUCGGAGUCGGAUUUGGAAGCAGAAGCGGAAGGAAAAACCAAUCAGAAUCUACGUUCCCACGCUUUGUGAUUAGUUUAGGUUUUCCGCUUCUGCUUCCGACUCCGACAAUCUGGUUUUCACUAGAUCAUAAGCGGAACGUAAACGACGGAGUCGUACGGGGUAUCGGAAUGCUGUUUUCACUAGAUCAUAAGCGCUACGUUUCUGACUCCGACUCCCCCGCUAGUGAAAACCAGCCGUAAGUUUUCUAGCUUGCUUAACCCGACAUUGCUAUAAAGUCUUAAUCCGUAAGUGAAGUGUACCUCGAAUUUUUCCCAUCAUGCAAACGAUAGUAUUAAUUCUAAGAUAAGACCUCUGAAAACGUUUUUCAAAUUUUAUGUAAAACAUGCAGGUAGAAACUGAUCUUAUAUAAUGCUUUGUUUACCCUUUUCUGUUUAGGUGUAUUUCAAGGGAAGAAGGGUUUAUAACACCUCUUUCAAAGAUGAUUUACUGCUGGUGGAUUCUAAAGCGUCUCGGUAUACGUCUAUUAAGGAGGACAAAUUGACGCCUGGCACAAAAUACACUAUACAUGUGACGGCUCUUACUGAGAGAGGAGAAGGUGCGCCAAGUGACACUGUUAUAGUGAGCACACUGGCAAAAGGUAAUAGUCAACACCAUCGUUCUAGACCUGAUUGGUUUAAAAAGUAUAGGUUACUAGCUUAUCCUGAGCUAGUUUACAGGCACUCCACUCAAAUAAUUAGAACCAAAUAAUUUAAACAAAACAUAACAGGAUUAAAAACCCCAACUGGAAGGAGGAAAACGGUUGGUUAUUUACAAGAGUUGCCUCGGAUUUGAACUCGGGAAAACCGAGAACAAAUCCAGCUAGCCUGUUCCAGGCGUUCAGAUAGUGGGGAGCGGUGCGAAGUAAAAAGGAGCGCGUCUCUCCCCAGUCCCCCUCUACUUUUCAUCGCUUUCUCUACUUCGCACCGCUCUCCACUAUCUGAACGCUUGGAACAGACUAAAAUCCAGCACGUGAUCAUAGCAGGAUUCGAACCCGGGACCGCCAGAUUGUGAGUCCAACGCGCUGACCACUCGGCCACGCUAUCUCCUCCCGUUUGAUGAUUAGCUUUGCAUUACAAUCAGCGUGGUUUGGCUGCAGAGUCUCCAGUGUCACGGCCUCUGCUGAUGUCUCAUACCCACAAGAGACAUGUCCAAUUACUGCAAUCAGCUGCACCUGCUUCCAAUGAGUCAGUAUCUACCUUUGCGGAACUCAUUUCCUUCUUGCACACAUCUUUGUUAAGUAUGGUAGCACUGGACGAGCUAGUCGUCUUGGUCGAUGAAAAGAAGAACAGUCUUCAUUUCGAGUACUGGUGGGCAUAAGAUUUAAAAAAAAGCUUUCUCUUUCGUCCUUGAGACGUUUUCAGUGACAUGAUAAUUUCAAGAGAAACAAUCUUGCUAUGAAAAGCUUAAAGCCCUUUGUAAAAAACAUAAGGUCGUAAACUAGCAAUUUUAUCCCUGUUAUCAGGGGCACCCAACGAGAAUAUAGUUCAAAACCACUUAACAUAGCAUUAUUAAUCGUAUUUUAGCUUUUAAACGGUAGAUAUAGGCAAAUUUUUAUCCACUAAAAAGUUUUCAUCUGUUCGGAUUUCCUAGGUAAAAGUCUAGUGACCCGAAAAUUAUAGGGAUCGAAACUUACCUUUUCGAAAAUUUCAGCCAGAAAAAAGGCUGACCUUUUUAGGGUAAAAUUGGGCAAUUAUACCAUUUUUUAGAUGUUCGAAAAUCCUAGGAGAGGCAGGCAAGCAAGAAAUUUUACAACAAAUGUUCCGAAAAUUCUAGAUCUUAAAUCGUCCUCCGAACAGAUAGUUUUCGAAAUUUGACGUUGGGUGCCCCUGUGUUAUGCUGUGCUACGCUUACACUUAUACCAGCGUUAGUAUGAUAUAUUUUAAUUUUUGCUUGGAAUAUAUUUUUCCUACAGCUCCAUCCGCACCUCCACCCCCACAGGUUCUCCAUGGUCGUGACGUCACAUCUAGUACAAUAACGAUCUAUUUGACGUCGUCUCCAGAUAAUAAUGGCAGAGUAGUGUGAGUCCAUAUCAGUAAAGAUAAAAUGAAAAUAUGUCAUUAAAAUCAAUUACAACAAAAUAGUUUUUAAUCAAGGACAAAUUAAAUUUAGAACAUAUAAAUUUGCUAUUUUGCACUUGUCUAAAACCCCCAAUUAAAUACAAACUACGCAACAUUAUUGGAUGUUAGAUGUUGGAUCCGUUUGCGCACCCUGUUGCGUGUUGUUGUGAGUAGUUAUAUUAAGCAAAGUUUAAAACCGGUCAAACUUUUAAGCCAACGACUACCAACAUAUCUUUGGUUCCGUGAUCGCCAAAGCGUAGCACAACGAUGUUGGAUCCGUUGCACAGAUCUUCGAACAUUUUUGGGACCACGCACGCGCACAUUACGCAUCGUCUAGAAAUCUUAUGGGUUGUAUCCUUCCCACGAUGCGCUGCAGUUUCGCAACAUUGUUGGGAGUUCCUUUUAUGCGAUUUAAGAUUAUGACUUUAAGCAUUCUUUUGGGUCUGAAAGUUUGCGUUGGGCCAAAUAAUACGCAGUAUAAUGAAUGCUGAAGAUACAGUUGUUCAUGCCUGCCGCUGUCGGGUGAUAUGAAAGUGCGCAUGCGUUUUUUCCCGGUCAUACCGGAGAGGUCUUUGUUAUACUUAUCUGGUCCUAUGAAAGAAAAUUUCCACUCAUCCACUUGUUGCUACAAAUAUUUAUUACCGUACCUGAAGUUAUAACACGAACCUUUUCUGGAAUCAGUGAACAUCCAAGCAAAGCUUUAUCAUUGUUUCUUUCUACAGCGCACAAGAGGUUGUAAUAGAAAAGAUCGAAAUAGCCAGCAGUUGUUUAACAUCUUCUUUGCCAGACAAUAUCCUUGGCUACAAAGAGGCAAUGGCCAAUGGCGAUCGAUAUUAUAUUGCCGCCAGAUUUGAGCGAGAUAAAGAACAGGUUCCUAGAAAAUUUGUUGUUGGCGAUGGAGAAAUUUAUGGUGACUAUCUGAAUGCUCCACUGGAACCUUCACGUAAGACAGUUUACAAGGCUUAUGUUAGAGCAGCAACUGAAGUUAAUGGGGUAAGAGAACACUCGUAACAAUUCCCCCUGCUCCCCUCAUCCAAUUACCUGUCCUGUCUUAUGUAUUAGGCAUCUUUAUUGACACUGCUGAGGUAUGCAGAAAAACUAGCAAAAUUCUGCCAUUUUUAAAACAAAUUUCAAAACUCUUUAUGGCCGAUAAUGACUCGUUGUUGGGCAAGUUGUUUAUAAUGCAUUUACUUGCCGUGGGUGAUGAAAAAAAAGAAGAAUGAUAAAAUCGCUUUUUUCUAUUUAAAUGACUACAACACUAUCCAGAUAGAAGAGAUGUAAAGGUUGCGAGUUUCUCAGUGGAUAGGGAUUUAGCAUCUGACAUAUGUUUGAAUAAACAUAUUAGAGCGAUUUUCACUUGACUGUCGUAAAACCAAAACCAAAGUAAAUACACUAGCCAACCAAAGGGCGUAGUAAAACCAAAACCAAACCAAUUCCUCAAUUACUUUCGACAGUCAAGUGAAAACCGCUCUAAAGUUUUGGUCUUACUAGCCUCCUGAAAAGAGCGUGUUGGUUACCGACGGCUUGUGAAAUGAGAAAUUGAGAUUAUAAUGCUCAUAACUGAGCAAAAGUGUUCUUUAGACCAAUAGUAAAGACCAUAAGUACUCAAGUGCAAACUGCGGACCAAACAUAACCCCCCCAAAAGAAAAUAAAAAAUAAAAACUGACUGAAAAAACUGACAUUGUGCCGCCAAGAUUUGUAAACUUGUAAACCAUUAACUGACAUUACCGCUUAAUCAGUUUUUGUCUCUUUGGUGUGUCUUCUUUUAUGAACUCUCUGUAGAUGGAUAUGUUUAUGCUUAUUGCUUAGAAUAAGUCAGUGUCACGAGCUGUCUCCUAACGCCUUUUUUUGGGGGGGGGGGUUGGGGGGGGUCGUUGCAGAAAUUGGUUUACGGGGAGCCUGCUGCAGUCAUCCUUCCUCUCUCAACCACGGGUAAGUAUGUGUAACAGUGCUUUAGAAUCCAAAGACGUAUCGAUGUUCUGCCUGCGUGGCACUCUCCCACCCCUUUACACGCAGCUUAGCCACUCGGGCUAUACGUUAUUUAGAAAUUAUUGGAUGAGGCUGCUGGCUAUGAUCUAAAGAAUUAAGCACAUCGAAUAGCGUGUCAUCUGUCCAGUCGCAAAGGCCAAUGGAGGCGCGCGAAUAACACAGAGAUCAAGAGUGAUCUACAUAAUUCUUCUGAUCAUGCGAAAGCCAAAUCCAAUUAUGGUUUUAUUAUUUAUUCAAAAUAAUUCCUAGUUUAAAAACAAGCUGAAACAUGGUAACCUCCAUAGAUGUUAAAUUACCGUCCUUUGUCUUCUGUUCCUCGGCGAUUUUAGAAUAUGAUGGUGUAUUUUGCGCAGCAAAUAAUGUUCACGUUGCUGAUGCAAUCAUAUUUUAACUGCAUGUUGUUGCCAUAAGCCAGUAGUUCGGCUAACCUGUUUAAGAAAUUUUCUCCAAAGGAAGUUAAUUGCAACUUCAAAUCUUUAUAUAAAAUGCCGUACAAGUGCCAAAACAAAACUACGCAGUCAUUUUCCUGGAUUUUUUAGCGGGUGCCGUAUGAAAAUGGACGGCAUAAUUGGCUUUCAGCUGACUGGUCUGGGUAUAUAGUUUUUCUGUUAGUAGUAGCAGAAGAGAGCAUUUUUCUCCGUUCUUGUGAGCUUGGAAUUUUCUCUUUUUUUCAUUGGUGCACUCACACAAAAAAUUAAGAAUAAUCAACAAGAAAGUUACUUCUGGUUUCGAUUUACACUUUUCAACUUCACUGUCAAGACUAGAUACACUAGUACUCUGAAACUUUAUUUGUAAGUUUCUCUAUAAUAAACCUUUAUGUUUUAUUUUUAACAUUUAAGACACCGAUGAAGCACAGCAGAGCUCGACCUGUUUAAGUUGCUGGAAGGUAGCAGUUUUGGUAGAAGGAGUCUUGCUUGCUUUUUUGGCUGUCACUGUCGGGAUUUUAGUGGUAGAAGGACGCACCAAACGCAUCAGAAAAGGUAGAUAAAUAACCGAAAAAUUAUUUAUUUAAAUUUUUAUUAGCCAACUCAGAUUUUAGCAUAUCGUACGUAACUUUAAAUUUGAUCAUCAACAUUCAGCCCCACUGAUUCGAUGAAGUGGGCAAUGAAUAAAGUGCACGUAAAGUGUAAGUGCAGGCGUUGUAUGCGUUAAUGCGAGGUUUUACCCUUUUCGCACUGUGACCCUAAAGCGGCAGUGUCAGACCAUAAAACAUUGAAGAAACUACGAUAAAAUUUUAAUUGGUUAUACAGGAAGAAGCUAAUUCCGAUCCUUUCUGCUACUUGAUAAGAUGUUAAUGAACACUGAUGGAUGCCAAAAUCAAAUUUCUUCUCACGCUACAGCUACCAUGUUUAUUUACAAGAGAAGUCUAUUUAGUGUUCUGCCAUGAUGCAUAAAAGGGACUCAACAAUUAAUUAUUCCUUUGAUUUAAACGUCGAUAUCGUAACUCACCGAAAACGAUUAAUUUCCUUUUUUUCCGUUUAAAAAUAUUCUGGGCCCGAACAUUUCUUUAAGCUUAAGAAAAUUCUUCCGUUCUUUCUAUUUUAAAACUAUAAGCUUUUAGGUUACACUGAAGAGAUUCAACCGGGGCUCUUUCAUAUGUCUUCGUUGAAAUUGUGCUUGCACGCUGAGAAUAACAAUUAUCAUAACUGGAAUAAAAGGGAUUUGAGAACAUUGACAAGAAAAGACUUCUUAUUGGUUACUGCUAUAUUCACCGACGGAAGUUAGCGUAGAACAUAGCCUGCGAACGAAUAAUCUUAAUCUUUUUUUUAUUAUUUUUCCCCUUUCUGUUGUCUUUCUUUUUGCAGCAGCUGCAAUUAGGGAUAAAACUACUGAAAGGUACAGCUCCUGCCAAAGUACAGUCCCGGGGACAAAUUUAACAAAAUUUUUAAAAAUGUAAUUUAUAAUUGUGGCCGCUAGUACAACUGUAAAUUACACUUGUAAAAGUUUUAUUAAAUUGACCCCCGCAAGAACUUCAUAGUUGUCAGAAUAACAAUUAAGUGCAAAAUGUCUGUAUGUCCAUUUACACCGACAAACCAUCCUUCAAAAAACGAACUUCAAAAUCCAAAACGAACCCACCUUAAAGUUUGUCUUUUUCUAAGGCUUUUUUGUGACCGGAUUCAGUACACAUCAUGUUGAAUCAGUUACAAGACUGCCACUAAGAGUUGUGUUAAAGAAAGGAUCAUCCCUCCCCACCCCACUCAUUCCCUAAGUGACUUAAGGUAGAUUCAAAAGAGGCUGCUUAUCGACCCGGAGCGAAAACUCAUAAAAAUCCAAGAUAAUUAAAUGGAACUUUGCGGUAACCAUACACAUUUUGUAGUUACCAAGCGCCUCUGUCGUCCUUGAGAUUUGUCUGUGUUAUGUAUGUCGAAUACCGUGCGCUGCUGAGGAUCUGCAACUACAGUUAAACAGCAUUCUGAAUUUGAAUAGCGGCCAUCUUAAAAACAAAAACGAAAACACUCUCAAAAACUGUUCUCCACAUUUACCUCUCCUUUACGUUUCAUGUCUCUCCAUUGAGACAUAUGAAACUAAACUCAGAGUAGCUUUUACAAGAAGCCUGAAAAAAGGUCUGUACAUGGUUUUAUUUUAGUACAACUGUACAUAUUCUCAUAUUUUUAUAUUAUAUAUCUCAGUGUUUUGGGGUUUCUUUUUUUUUUUUUGUUUUUGGCAAUUCCUGGAUAAUAGAAGCAGCGAUACUUUCAAUACUGUAAUGAGCUAAGUGUAUUAGAUCACUUCAUAUUUAAUUAUUUUACAGAAUACUCAAUAAAUCGUAUGUAAUUUAUUACUAAUUAUUAGAUAAUUAACUUUCUCUUAAUAUUUUCUUUGUGUUUAUAAAUUACUUUAUUAUAUGCUGUUCUUUAUUUAUAUAAGUGUAUUGAUUUAAUUAAUAACUAUAGUAACAGCUAAAUCUAAUGCAAGGAGGGAGUCUCACCUAUAAGCCUUCAUGGUUUCUUGAGACCUUCUUUUCCCUUCAUAAGUUAUAUGUAAAAAAGGCAAAAAAAUCAAUAAACAUCACUUUUGUAAAGGUUACCACUACUACGACGACGGGAUUGAAUUAUUUGGACGUCCUGUAUGGACCAAAAAAUUAAUAAAAUAUACAUUCAUCAGAUUGGUUCCUGAUUUCAGUACUUUUAUUUAAUUGUACAUCUCCAGGAUUGAGCUUGAAGUUAAGAACACAUCAUUGUUGAAUCCAGCGGAGGACGGACAUAGACGGCAGGCUGGUGUGUCUGAUGAAAACGAAGAAGGAGGGUGUGAAUACGAAACAGUACAACCUGUUAGGAUGGAAUGUCGAUACGCCACGUUGCGUCGUCAGUCAACAGUAAGUUGAAUCAUCUCUCGUUUGAUUUCAGACUUUUCAAGAACAUGAGUAUAGAUCACAGAAGAAUUGAAGAGUUUAUGAAAUCUCUUUGUCGCCUUAGUGCUAUGAAAUGUCUAGCUGUUGACCACCCCAGGACUGCCUGUGGUACUGCUCUGACAUAUGAGAACAAACACGUCCGUACCGCCGGCAGCAAGGAACAUGGCAGGUCUUUUCCCCUGGCACGCUUGUGAAGUUAAACUUUAGUCACCUUCACGGGACAAUGGAAAAUGGAUUGGCCUCUGUUACCGGCGAAUUUUGUUUUCGACUUAGGCAGUAAACGGCGGUUAAGUAGCAGGUAGCUCGGCUGUCGAAAACUAUGCCCAUCUACCCAGUUGAUAAAAAACGAAGUUGAUGUGCUGCGUGGGUGUCCAAGGGGGAGGGGGGGGGAAGGGUUGUUUUCUUUUCGGAUAAGCUUAGCUGUCUUGUGCGGAGGGAAAUCUGGGUUGCGUCAAUCCUGAUUACUAUCAUUAUCAUUAUCAAGUUUAAGCAUUGAUAAUGCUCCAACAUUCAAUCUAUAAACAUUCGAUUCAAUGUUACUUUUUCAGAAACCAGGAGAAGGCUCCUACACCUCUCUUGCAGUAUGCGACUGGAGAGCCUGCAGUGACUCACCCAUAUAUGUCAAUCAAGUGCCUUCUCCUCAAUACACGUCGAAUGGGUGAUUUUCUGGCACUGAAAAUCC